CCUCCUCUCGUCUGCGCUUCAAAAGUGCCAUCCACGGUGCGAAGUCUGCUUUUCUCCUUUUUCCUUUCAAGAUGGCAUUCUUGACAUUUCUUUACUCUGUAAAGAAUGAACUGAUCCUCUUCUUAACUCCGUUACUACUUCUUCCACUGCCUUUAGUGAUCGGGACACAGGUGGCAGAAUGUGGUUAUGUGAUAAUCCUGAUGGCAGUGUACUGGUGCACAGAGGUUCUACCUCUGGCUGUAACCGCUUUGCUUCCAGCUCUCCUUUUCCCUUUGUUUGGCAUCAUGGAGUCCAAAGAUGUAAGUAAAAAAUAUAUAUCACAGUGUAAAUGCUUAUUUAUGUGUGCAUACAUCUUAUCUAGUGUGAUCCUUUUGUCUCAGGUGUGUAUGCAGUACCUAAAGGACACAAACAUGAUGUUUGUUGGAGGACUCAUGGUUGCUGUAGCCGUGGAGCACUGGAAUCUGCACAAGCGCAUGGCUUUGAGGGUCCUGCUCAUUGUUGGUGUACGUCCAGCACUACUGAUGAUGGGCUUCAUGGGUGUAACAGCAUUCAUAUCCAUGUGGAUCUGUAACACUGCUACCACAGCUAUGAUGGUGCCAAUUGUCCAAGCAGUGCUGGAACAGCUAAACACCAGUGAGGCAGAAAUGCCUCAAAUUUUCAGCUCGGAUGAGCAGGUCCAAACAUCAGAGACUGACAAUAAAGCUGAUUCACAAACAGAGAAACAGAAUGAGGGACAAGGCCUAGAAGUAGUGACUUCCUUAGAUGCCACGGCUGAGGUUGUCAGGCAUAAGGAGGCAGCAGAACGGCAGAGAAUGUGUAAAGGCAUGACCCUGUGUGUUUGUUAUGCUGCCAGUAUCGGAGGAACAGCCACACUGACAGGAAGUGGUCCCAAUUUGGUGCUGAUGGGCCAGAUGAACCAAUUGUUUCCUGAAAACGGGGACAUUAUUAACUUUGCGUCCUGGUUCGGUUUUGCCUUCCCCAACAUGAUCAUCAUGCUCACACUGGCAUGGCUUUGGCUGCAGUUUGUCUUCAUGGGAUUCAACUUUAAGAAGACAUGGGGCUGUGGGGCUGUGAAGACAGAGAAGGACAUUGCUGCAUAUAAUGUGAUCCGUGAACAGCAUCGCCUGCUGGGGCCGAUGUCCUUUGGAGAGAUAAGCGUCCUGUGUCUCUUCAUUUUGCUCGUGUUGCUGUGGUUCACAAGGGAUCCAGGCUUUGUCAGUGGCUGGGCAACAGAUAUCUUCAACUCCCGAGCAGAGUAUGUAUCAGAUGCCACGGUGGCAGUCUUUGUCGCAGUCCUUCUCUUUGUUCUGCCCUCCAAACCUCCGCGCUUGUGUUCUUUUAGGACUCAUAGUUUUGACAUGGCACCUCAUCAAACUGCUGGCCCAACACCUCGUCUCCUCACCUGGAAAGUUGCAAAAAAUAAAUUACCUUGGGGUAUUGUGCUUCUUCUUGGAGGAGGGUUUGCUCUGGCUAAGGGCAGUGAAGUGUCUGGACUAUCAAAGUGGAUGGGAGAUCAGAUGGCUCCUCUGCAAAGCAUCCCUCCCUGGGCAAUUGCCAUUGUCAUAUGCCUGCUGAUUGCCACCUUCACAGAAUGCACCAGUAAUGCAGCCACUGCAACACUCUUCCUACCCGUCUUAGCCUCGAUGUCUCAGUCCAUUGGAAUCAACCCGCUGUACGUCAUGGUUCCUUGUACCCUAAGUGCCUCAUUUGCCUUCAUGCUGCCAGUCGCAACUCCUCAAAAUGCCAUAGUCUUCUCUUAUGGAUACCUUAAGGUUGCUGACAUGGUCAAGGCAGGAUUGGUCAUGAACAUCAUUGGCAUUCUUUGCACUACACUGGCCAUUAACAGCUGGGGUAAAGCAAUGUUUCACCUAGACUCUGUCCCUGCCUGGGCCAAUGCCACUGGGGUAUGAGACUGGCUCUGCAGUCAGAGAGGAUCCAUGCACAAGCCUACCCACAGGUGCCAGACUAAGACCUGUGGACAGAGGGAUGGUACUGGACCACGCAGUGAGAUGCAUGUGUCCAAUUGGAGUUAGGACACAAGUCUCAUGAGGCUCGUUUUGAUUGACACUUGAGUGAAAAAAA